AUGGCUCAACCACCAGGCUUUGUUGAUCCGGCUCGUCCUACACAUGUUAGCCGUCUCCACCGUGCUAUUUAUGGUCUCCGUCAGGCUCCUCAAGAUUGGUAUACUGCUUUGACCGAUUUUCUCGUCAAGUUCGGCUUCACCAAAACAAAGUAUGAUGCUUCUCUCUUUGUUUAUUCCAGCGGGAGUACGCUUAUCUACUUUUUGGUCUAUGUUGAUGAUCUCCUCCUCACCGGAAAUGUACCUGCCGUCCUUGACUCCCUCCAGACUGCUCUCUCUCAACAGUUCUCUCUCAAGGCUCUUGGUGACGUCAAUUAUUUUCUAGGCAUUGAGAUUGUCCCCACGUCCUUGGGUUACAUUCUCUCUCAACACAAGUAUAUGGUUGAUCUUCUGCACCGCUUUCAGCUCACUAACAUGAAGGCCGUCGAUACCCCCUACCUCCCUCGAUUACUCUAA